UCGGUUGUACAUAGAUUAUUUUUUCUUAAUUAUUCCUGUCAACCAAAUGUUACUGCGCAAUUUCACGUUGGGAUUACUUUUCACAUGUCCUUCAGCCAAACAUUAAUCUCCCUUGUUACCCCCAUCGACCCGUCAAACCAACAAGAAAGGCGCUACUUUUCUUCUACUAUUAAUAAUCAGUAUAUCAAGAUUAAACCCUCAACCAGAAUUUUAAUUUGCAGUGUCCAAAAGAAAUUAAGAAUGGCACUAAUUCCUCACGUACUCAUAUUCCCCUUGCCUCUUCAAGGUCCAGUAAAUUGCAUGCUAAAACUAGCAGAACUCUUAUGCCUUCACCAAGAAAUUCAUGUCACUUUCCUCAACACUGAACAUAUCCAACAACGCUUGUUAAAUUGCACGGACGUUCAAAUCCGUUUCGAGAAAUAUCCGAAUUUCAAAUUCGUGACAGUUCCAGAUGGACUGCCAGAAGAUAAUCCAAGAAAUGGAGAGCAGAUAAGGAAACUUAUUGAAAGUGUAGAGGAAGUGAGCAACCCACUGUUGAGAGAGAUGGUGACUUGUGGUUCACUUGGUCCAAAUUCUGAAAAGCCAAUCACUUGUCUCUUAAUUGAUGGUAUUUUUACAUUUGCUGUUGAUAUAGCUAAAGAAAUUGGAAUUCCACUUCUUUAUUUUGAUACUAUAAGUCCUUGUGGUCUCUGGACUUAUUUGGCUGUUCCAAAACUCAUUGAAGCUGGUGAAAUUCCUUUCAAAGGAAAUGACUUGGAUGCAUUAGUAAAUAGUGUGCCAGGAAUGGAAGGUAUCAUCAGGCGUAGAGACCUUCCCACUUUCUGCCGUACACCUGACCUUAAUUCCCCAAUUAUGCAACAUGUAAUCAAGGAAGGCAAACAUAUUGUCCAAGCCCAAGGUCUAAUAUUCAACACAUUUGAAGGCCUUGAAGGGCCCAUUCUCUCACAAUUCCAAGCCCGUUGUCCAAACAUCUAUGCCAUUGGGCCUCUUCACAUUCAAAUGAAGGCGAAAAUAUCUUCGAAAUGUUUGCCAAGCACAACAACAUCCAAUAGCCUUUGGAAAGAGGAUAUGAGUUGUAUGGAUUGGCUGGACGCGCAACCGAAGAAAUCAGUUCUAUUUGUUAGUAUUGGAAGCCUUGCAACAAUAAGUAUGGCCCAAUUCUUGGAAUUUUGGUAUGGUUUGGUGAAUAGUAAGAUUAGGUUCUUGUGGGUCCAAAGGCCUGGUUCAAUUGUUGGGCUUGAAGUGGAGGACAACAUUAAUGUUCCCAUAAAAUUGUCUGAAAGUACAAAGGAGAGGGGUUGUAUUGUAAGUUGGGCUCCACAAGAAGAGGUUCUAGCUCAUCCAUCAAUUGGUGGGUUCUUAACACAUAGUGGAUGGAACUCAACUUUGGAAAGUAUAGUCGAGGGAGUACCAAUGAUUUGUUGGCCUUAUUUUGUUGAUCAACAAGUUAAUAGUAGGUAUGUUGGGGAGGUGUGGAAGAUUGGGUUAGACAUGAAAGAUGUAUGUGAUAGAGACACAAUUGAAAGGAUGGUGAGAGAAGUGAUGGAGGUAAGGAAAAUUGAAUUUUUGGAAAGGGCUAAACAUAUGAGCAAUUUGGCAAUAGCAAGUGUUAGUGAAGGUGGCUCAUCAUACCAAGAUUUGGACCGUUUGAUUGAGGAUAUUAGGCUGAUGAGGAUAUAACAUUCUCAAAUGCCUAAAUAAUUUCUUGGGCUCUUCAUGAUGCUCGGCUAAUGUUCUUUCAUUUGGUCAAUAAAUAGUGUAAAAUUGAAAAUUUAUUUUUAAUACAGUGGACAAGUGAAAGUGGACGGAGGGAGUGCAUCUUAUUCCAUGAAUCAAUUGAAAUACAAGCAUUUAGUUAAGUCAUCACCUAA